AGGCUUCCGCUUCCGGGUCAAGCCCGCUAGUUGGGGGGAAGGAAGAGGAAGAAGGGGUUUUUCUGAGGAGAAGCGCCCGCCGCCUCAAGCCUCCCCAGGAGCGGCCCCCGAGGCGCCUUUCCGCCUCCUCUUUCCGGGCUUGGGGGGGGACCGAGGAGGGGGGAGAGCCCGGCAGACGAGAAGGAGAAGGAGGAAUCCUGCGACCACCACCACCCCUUCUCGCCGCCUCUUCCUCCUCGGCCCUCCGGUCUUCGGUGAAACUCUGCGUGGUUUCCAACCUGUGGAUGAUCUCCCACAGCUUUCUCACUCUCCUGAACCAUGGCUUAUCAACUGUAUAGAAACACCACUCUGGGGAACAGUCUUCAGGAAAGCCUGGAUGAGCUCAUACAGUCUCAGCAGAUCACUCCUCAGCUGGCCCUCCAAGUCCUGCUUCAGUUUGACAAAGCCAUCAAUUCGGCCUUGGCGCAACGGGUCAGGAACAGAGUCAAUUUCAGGGGCUCUCUGAAUACGUACCGGUUUUGUGACAACGUCUGGACCUUUGUGCUGAAUGACGUCGAGUUCCGAGAGGUCACAGAGCUCGUGAAGGUGGAUAAAGUGAAAAUAGUCGCCUGCGAUGGCAAAAAUACUGGCUCCAAUGCUGCCGAGUGAAGAGGAAACCGGGCCUCGGUGCCAGCAUGGUCUGUCAGAGGCUGCCCUUCCUGGAGAGGAGGAGGGCCAGAGACUCCCCGGGACUCUUUUAAUGACGUGAGCAGGAGUGGUCCAUGCUGGAGCACCUUUAGGGAACCGCCUGAGCAAAGGUCUCUUGGAGGCUGGAAAGCAAAGAACCUUGCUUUUUUAAAGAAAAAAGGAGGAGAAAGAUGCAACAAACGCCGUUGCUAUUUUCGUUCAUCAACCCCGUGUUAAUAAACCUUCUGUAAAACUUUUUAAGUGA